AGGGGGCCUGUUGACAGCAGAGUUGGGUCUGGUUUGGUCACUGGGGUAACUGCCUGGACUGCACUGGCAUUAAUCCCCACUGAGAGUGACUGGCGCACGGGAGAGGAGCGUCAGGUGCACUGUUCUCAGUGCAAAUCAAAACCGUUUUCUCAUGUUCUGUUGACCUGUGUGACACCUGGUGAGGGAGGAGCCGGCUCAGCUGACUGGCACUUGACAACCUUCUGUCUGUCCCUUGGAGGCUGUGCUAGAAAACAGGAGGGACCUGACUGCCAUGCGCAUAGCGGUGAUUGGAGCAGGGGUGAUCGGGCUGUCCACAGCCUUGUGCGUCUACGAUCAGUAUCACUCGGUCGUCCAGCCCCUGGAAAUUGAGGUCUAUGCUGACCAGUAUACGCCGCUCACCACCAGCGAUGGAGCAGCCGGGCUCUGGCAGCCCUACGUGGACGAUAAGAGAAAUACUCAAGAAACGCUCUGGAACAAAGAGACAUUUGAUUACCUGUGUGGACACCUGAACUCACCGGAAGUAGAGGAAAUGGGACUCUUCCCAAUUUCUGGCUACAAUCUCUUUACACAGCCAGUUCCGGACCCACCUUGGAAGGACAUUGUCCUGGGAUUUAGGAAUCUGACAGCAAAAGAGCUUGAACUCUUCCCUGGUUACAGCUAUGGUUGGUUUAACACGGCACUAAUCUUAGAGGGCAAGAGCUAUUUGCCUUGGCUUACCAAGAGGUUAAAGCAGAGAGGAGUCAAGUUUUUUCAUAAGAAGGUUGAAUCCUUCCAUGAGAUGGUUGCCAAGGGCGUGGAUGUUAUAAUAAACUGCACCGGGGUCCGUGCAGGGGAACUGCAACCAGACCCAGGGUUAAUGCCAGGCCGAGGACAAAUCAUAAAGGUCCUGGCCCCUUGGGUGAAGCAUUUUGUCCUGACUCAUGAUCUUGAAUCUGGAAUCUAUAACUCACCAUACAUUAUACCUGGGAGCGAGCUAGUGACCUUGGGAGGGAUAUUUCAGCUGGGAAACUGGAACGAAGAGAACAGCCCCCAGGAUCACAAAACAAUUUGGGAAAACUGCUGCAAGCUGCUCCCUAGUCUCCAGAAGGCAAAGAUUGUGGAUGAAUGGAGUGGCUUCCGCCCUGUGCGCUACGCAGUUCGGUUGGAGAGAGAGGCAGUUCGUCAUGGACCUUUAAAAGCAGAGGUGAUACACAACUACGGCCACGGUGGUUUCGGACUCACCAUCCACUGGGGUUGUGCCAUGGAGGCCGCCAGGAUCUUCGGAAGGAUUCUAGAAGAAAAGAAGCUGGCCCGACCACCACAGUCCCACCUUUGAUUUAACAGAAAUACUCUAAUGAUCAUUCACAUUUUUUCCAUGGCAAAUCUGCGAUAGGCCCACUGCAAUAGUAGAGGAUGGAUGGGAAGAAACUGUUGGUUGUGUGCAGCAGUCACAUGUCUAACAAUAACACCAGUAGCUAGGAAGUCGCAGGGCAAAGGCAGAAAGAAAUAACUCAGUGAUGCAUGUUCUCUGUUUGAUGCCCUCAGCAGCUCCAAGACUGGUCUCUAGGGUACAGUUUUUGGAUUGUUACCAAUUAACUCCCUGUUGCUACUGUUUGCCAGGCGGCUGGCUCAUCCUUGCUCUGUUCUCCUAUAAACUACACCAUGGAAACAUAAAUCAAACCUGUGUUAUUGUAGAUGGUCCCUGCAGUGAAGCACCCAGACACUGCUAGGUCUCCAAAAGGGCAGAUGGAGUUCAGCUAACUCUUCGCUGGCCUCUGAGAUGUGUUAGCAUUGCUGGACAGGACCUGAAGCUGAUCCAAUGUCAGCUGAGGUCUUAGCUUGCUGUUCAGCCAGCCAGCACAUAGUUAGAUUUGUAAGCCGUGCCCAAGAGAUAAAAGCUCCUUAAUGGAAAGAGGCUCUCGAACUCCUGCGGAAGUAGCAGUGGGUCUAAGAUACAUGCUGAAGGCAGAGUAGUUUUUCUUACAUUGAAGUUGGGACUAAAGCAUUUGGCUAUUGUACACGUUCUACUGCUAGACACGUUGUUCCCAAAGACCGGGUUUUCAGAUCAUUUAUAUAGCAGAAAAGGGAACAUCCUAAGGGAACUCAGGCUCUGUGUUUGCCAAAUUCUACAUAUAGCAGAGAUGAUAGGCAGAAUAGCUGCACCUGCACCUAAAAUAGACGUUGGCACUUCAAUCUCUCAUUUCUUUUCACCUUGGUACAUCACUGGAAACAUUAGCUUGUGAAAAGGUCUGACUCUUGUUAAAUUGCACCUGCUGUACAGAUUGCACACGGGGCUGCCAGGAGGUUACAAGGCCUUGGGGUGGGGUAUAUCCUGUGCAGAACUAGGGCUAUCAUCAGCAAGGUGUUGUGCAAUGAGUUGGCUUGCUCCAGCCUGGUCUCUCCUCCCUCAGUUUGGUCUGGUCAGGGUCCAGAUCAGGAGGCAUAAGAUGCAGGAAAGGUACCUUUUGGCCACCCAGUGGUCAAGAGAAAAUGCCCCCAACUCAAAAGACCAGAGAGUCCUCAAAGGAGAGCACUCUCCAAGAAGGCUGUGUCCAGCAUUCAGCAUCACAGUGCAAAGUCCCCUCAGAACCCAGUUCUGCUGCCUUGUCUACAAAUAUGGGGCCCUUCCCAUCUUCAAGACUAUUCCCAGUGGUUGCCAUGGUAAUGUGUAACCCCAUUAGGAGUGUGGAGCUCUUCUCACCGUAACACUGUCAGGCUGCAGACUGCCAAGCCUAGCCCAUUGGGUUUCAUUCUUCACGUACAUCUUCCCAGUGUGGGCCAGAGUCUCCUGAGUCACCAUUUACCUCCUUUCGCUUAACAGUAGAAAAUCUCAGAGCCACCAGCUCCCAUCCCACCCAACACAGCUUGUUCAGGAGGCUGGUUAGGCUUGUGCCACUUGACGAAUGCAGGGCCGGUUGCUUUAAAGAGGAUGCACCAGAAAAUUUGAAAGGCAUGUGGCCACGGCCCUUUCUCCUUCUCUGCCUCUUUUAAAGGCCUGUGCAUGACAGUCACAUGUCCCAGGUGGUGGUGAGCAGCUGGAUGUAAUAAAAGAUGCCUUUGAUGGAACAUUCCCUUUGAAGAGUGAGGAGGUCUGAACAUAGGCCUGGGAGCUAGGAACUUCAGCUUUGACAUUGACUCCCUCCGUUCCUCUGGACAAGUCAUUUUACUUUUACGAGUGCCCCGUUUGUACAGUACGGGGUGGUUGUGAGCUAUAAUUCAUAAGGGAGAGAUUUUCAAAGGCACAAAUGGACAUUAAGUGCUCAGCUCCAACUGACUGUCAAUCACAAUCAAAAGGGUAAUAUCACAAGAUUUAAAAAAAAUGAAAAAGUUUACAACUGGUUAAUGUGAAUCCUAAUGAUCUGUGAUACCACUUCCACAGAAACUAUCCAAUGAAACAGUCAUCUGCUCAGUUUCACUUAGUGUCAAUAGGAGAUAUUAAGGACCAGAUUCUGUUCUUCCUCAGACUGGUGUAACUAACUCACUUGACUUCAGAAGAGUUACAUCAAUGUAAAUCUGCAAUAACAAAUCAUCAUAUAGCCCUAAGUAAAUGUUGGGUUCAUCAGAGCUUAAAGCACACGGGAGCUAUUACUCUUCAUUGCUUGAGAUGACAAAUGUGCUCCUAAAUUGGCUAUUAAAAAAUAUUAACAGAGCUGA